AUGGAUUCUAAAAGUGUAUAUUGGGCAAUCAUUGUAGCAUGGCUUACUUUGUUCCAAGGAAGCAUGAUACUUGUCCAGGGUCAAUUUAAUUAUAAAGAGGCUCUCACAAAAUCCCUUAUAUUCUUAGAGGCACAAAGAUCAGGAAAACUCCCUCCAAAUAACAGGGUUCCUUGGAGAGGAGACUCAGCUGUCGACGACGGCAAACUCGCUAAUGUGGACCUAUCUGGGGGAUAUUAUGAUGCAGGAGAUAAUGUGAAAUAUGGGCUACCAAUGGCAUUCACUGUGACUACAUUAUCAUGGGCUGCAAUAUUUUACAAAACAGAAUUUGAAGCAACAAAGGAAAUGGGAAAUAUUCAAGAUGCAAUCAAAUGGGGAACAGAUUAUUUUUUAAAAGCUAGUUCUAGAAGAAACAAAUUAUAUGUUGAGGUAGGGGACCCAGAGGAAGAUCAUCAUUGUUGGGCUCCACCAGAAAAAAUGAAGACAAAAAGAUCGGUUAAAGUCAUUGAUAGUAACACACCUGGUAGUGAGAUUGCUUCUGAAACGGCUGCAGCUAUGGCUUCUUCUUCCAUUGUUUUUAGACAUACUGAUCGUAAAUAUGCUCGUCGUCUCCUCAACAAAGCAAAAUUGCUUUUCGAUUUGGCAAAAUCACAUAAAGGAACAUAUGAUGGAGAAUGCCCUUUCUACUGCUCCUAUUCAGGCUAUAACGAUGAAUUGGUGUGGGCAGCAACUUGGCUAUACAUGGCAACAAAGAAAUCGUUGUACAUGAAAUAUAUACAAGAAGAAUCAAUUAGUGCUAAUGUAGCAGAAUUCAGUUGGGAUCUUAAAUACGCUGGAGUUCAAGUUCUUCUCACUCAACUACAUUUUGAAGGUCAAAAAGGUCUUGAAACAUUUAAAUCACAUGGUGAAAGUUACAUAUGCUCCGUCCUUCCUGAUAGUCCUUACCACCAAAUACAUUUGUCUCCUGGUGGGUUUAUUCAUAUGAGAGAUGGAGCCAAUACACAAUAUGCUACAAGCACAUCUUUCUUGUUCACGGUAUACAGUGAUUUGCUUGCCAAAUAUAAACAAAAAGUUAAAUGUGGAAACAAAGAAUUUGACUCAUCUCAUGUCCUUGAUUUUGCCAAAAAACAAAUGGAUUACAUAUUGGGGAAAAACCCAGAAGGAAGAUCAUACAUGGUAGGAUUCGGGAAAAAUCCACCCACACAAGCUCACCAUAGAGGUGCUUCAGUGCCAAAGUUGUCACCAAACGAAGAUAUAAAUUGUCCUAUGAGCUUUUCGAAGUGGCUGAAAAGAGAUGGACCAAAUCCACAUGAGCUAACUGGAGCUAUUGUAGGUGGACCUGACAUCAAUGACAAAUUCGAUGAUAAUCGUACAGAUUCACCUAAGACUGAACCUUGCACAUAUGUUAAUUCUCUUGCAGCUGGUGCUCUAGCAAAGCUUGCUUCUUUGGGUUAACUUAGCUUAAUGUCACGUUAACGUGAUUACCCCAACAUAGUUAAUUGAGAGGGGAGACCUUACUAAAGGUCGUAACUACAUUUUUCGACACAUAUUUAGUCAUGAGCAAAUAAUCAAUUACCCAGACAA